AUGUUAUUAAAAUCAUUAAUUUUAUUAUCAAAAACAAACGAAUCAAAAAAUACAUCACGUGAUUUUAUGGAAAAUUCAAUCUUUGAUUCUAACUACUCAACAAAUGUUGAAUGUGCAUUAAAGAGAACAGCUUUCUUUACCAGACCAAAUUUUAUUAAUUAUUAA